ACUUUUGAUUUCUACAAAUAGGAGGCCAUCUCGUUUUCGCAGAAUCACCUGCGCUUUCAUUUCAAAACCCACAAAUCAAAGACAAGGGAAAAGGAAAACAAGGAUCCUUUGAUUUCUGUAGCGUUUACAGGCGGAGUAAUGGCGGAUCAGUUGACUGACGAUCAGAUCUCUGAGUUUAAGGAGGCUUUCAGCCUUUUCGACAAGGAUGGCGAUGGUUGCAUCACCACCAAGGAGCUUGGAACCGUUAUGAGGUCCCUGGGGCAGAACCCCACCGAGGCUGAGCUCCAAGAUAUGAUUAAUGAGGUGGAUGCGGAUGGUAAUGGAACCAUUGACUUCCCUGAGUUCUUGAACCUCAUGGCGAGGAAAAUGAAGGAUACUGACUCGGAGGAGGAGCUAAAAGAGGCGUUCCGUGUGUUUGACAAGGAUCAGAAUGGCUUCAUCUCUGCUGCCGAACUGCGCCAUGUGAUGACUAAUCUCGGGGAGAAGCUGACUGACGAGGAAGUCGAUGAGAUGAUCAGGGAGGCUGAUGUUGAUGGUGAUGGACAGAUCAACUAUGAAGAGUUCGUCAAGGUGAUGAUGGCCAAAUGAUCAGCUCGCCCUCUAGUGCCUGUGCAAGCUUCUGUGGGUCGAAAAAAUUGAAAAAAAACAUGGAAAAAAGAAUGGAUGAAGAGUUUGGCUGGCUAGUCUGAUGGCUUUCUAGUUUAGUUUUCAUCUUUCUUCUGUCUUUAUGGUUUUGAGUUGUUGAAUAUUUGAUGAUCUGUUGUUGUCGUGACUAUCCUUUCUGAUAUGUAUUUGUGACUGCUUAUUUUCA